CCCUGCUUCGUAAGCCUCGGAGAUGCUGCUCCGCUGGCCGGUGGCCGCCUGGCUGUCGUGGCUGGCGCUGCUGGUGCCCGCCGCGGGGGGCUGGGAGCUGCACCUUGCGGCCGCCGGCGGCCCCGGGGACGACUUGUUGCUGGACCUGGCGCUGGGCCCCGAGUGGCGGUGCGCCCUGGAAGAGACGCUCACGCCCUGGCCGCUGAGGGACGCCGUGGAGGUGACGCGCGACGGCCUGCUGAGGAGAACGAAGAAGCCCCUGGAGUGCGCGGGCUUGGCGCGCAACCCGCUGCCGCUCCAUCUGCGGGUGGUUUCUUCUGACGGCGGCGGCGUCUUCCUCUCACUUCGCCUGCCCGCUUACCUGCACGGCCCUGGCUGUCCCAACGCGUCCCGCCAAGGGCAGGGCGGCAAGGGCUGGGCGGCGGCGGCGGCGGCUCGGCUUUCUAGCUCCCUGGGCCAUUCCCUGAGGCGGCGCUUGCCCUCCUUACUCUGCUUCCCCUCUUCCCCGACGAAGCAAGUGCCCCCAGAGGUGGGCGAGGUGGAUGGGGAGCGAAUGCUCCUCUCUGCCCUCAUGACCUUGACAACUUUCCCUCAGUGUAGAUGCCCCAAUGGCCUCCCCUUGGACUGCAGAGGCCUGGAGGGCACAUGGGGGGGAGGAGGAGUGGACUGCCAGCUAUUUUCAGGGACCAGCCCCUUGCAGCUUCUUUGUCGCUUGAGGAGGGCUGAGGGGGACCUUAUCAUUGAGUUGGGUAGUCCGGUUGUGGCAAGAAGGAAAGAGGCGGCGGAUAGAGAAGAAAGGCAAAGCACAUUGAAAGUGAGGGAAGUUGCCUCUCAGUGGUCCUGGCCUGGGAGGAAAGGAAGCUGGGAUUCUUGGCAUCGAGGGGCCCGGAGGAUGAGGAGCGUGAACAACCCACCUCAGUUCAAGCUGCCAAACUACCAAGUAUCAAUUGCCGAGAAUCAGCCUGCGGGCACUGUAGUUAUCACUUUAGAAGCUCAUGACCCGGAUGAGGGUGAGUCAGGCCGGUUGACUUAUUCCAUGGAAGCCUUCUUUGACAAGCGUUCCGAUGAUUAUUUCUCCAUCAGUUCUGAGACAGGAGUAGUGGUCACCACCCGUAGCCUGGACCGAGAGACCAAGGAUACUCAUGUGCUUCAAGUGAUAGCAACGGACCAUGCCACCCCACGACAUCGAUCAGCUAUCACCUUUCUGACUGUGACCGUGAGUGACACCAAUGACCAUGGUCCAGUGUUUGAACAGCCUGAGUACCGGGAGAACAUUCGAGAGAAUCUUGAGGUGGGUUACGAGGUGCUGACGAUUCGGGCUACAGACGAGGAUGCCCCGGACAAUGCAAACUUGCUCUAUCGUAUCCUUGAAGCAGGUGCUGGAGAAGGAGUCUUUGAGAUUGACCCACACUCUGGCAUUGUAAAGACUUGUGCCCCUGUAGACCGAGAAGAGGUUUCGGAGUAUCACCUUGUAGUAGAAGCUAAUGACCAGGGUAGAGAUCCAGGACCUCGAAGUGCCACAGUAAUGGUGCAUAUCACGGUGGAAGACGAGAAUGAUAAUGCUCCACAGUUCAGUGAGAAACGCUAUAUAGUACAGAUCCCUGAGGACACCCCAGUGAACAGCCAGGUACUCCAGGUUCAAGCCACUGACCAAGACCGCGGCAGCAAUGCCCAGGUUCACUAUAGCAUUGUGAGUGGCAAUCUGAAAGGCCAGUUUUACAUCCACUCUUUCUCUGGCUCUAUUGACUUGAUUAAUCCUCUGGACUAUGAAACUAUUCGAGAGUAUACCCUAAGGAUCAAGGCCCAGGAUGGGGGAAGACCUCCACAGAUCAACUCUAGUGGGAUGGUGUCCAUCCAAGUGUUAGAUGUAAAUGACAAUGCCCCCAUUUUUGUAAGUACACCCUUUCAAGCCACUGUACUAGAAAAUGUCCCUGUAGGCUAUUCAGUGUUACACAUUCAGGCAGUAGAUGCGGACUCGGGGGAUAACGCCCGCUUGGAGUACAGGCUCAUUGAGCUGUCCCAUCCUAUUGCUCUGAUGUCCGCAAGUGGAGACAUGGGGUUCCCCUUCCAGAUCAACAAUAGUACGGGUUGGAUUACAGUGUCAGCUGAGCUUGACAGGGAGACGGUGGAGAAUUACCACUUUGGGGUGGAGGCCAGAGACCAAGGAGUGCCCGUCAUGACUUCCUCAGCCAGUGUGUCUAUCACCGUCCUUGAUGUCAAUGACAACAGUCCUACUUUCACAGAAAAAGUAUAUCAGCUCAGGCUUAACGAAGAUGCAGUAGUAGGCAGCAGUGUCUUGACCUUGACAGCAGUGGACAAGGAUGUGAACAGUGUGGUGACCUACCAGAUCACUAGUGGCAACACGAGGAACCGUUUUUCUAUCACUAGCCAGAGUGCAGGUGGGCUGAUUACACUGGCCUUGCCCCUGGAUUACAAGCAAGAGAGGCAGUAUGUGUUGACAGUCACUGCUUCAGAUGGAACUCUGUUUGACACUGUCCAGGUCUUCAUUAAUGUCACCGAUGCCAACACACACCGGCCAGUUUUCCAGAGUUCCCAUUAUACAGUGAGUGUCAGUGAAGACAAGCCCAUUGGAACAUCCAUUGUAACUAUUGUCGCCACUGAUGAGGAUACUGGAGAAAAUGCUAGGAUCACUUACAUCAUGGAGGACAGCAUCCCCCAGUUCCGUAUUGAUCCAGACACAGGCACAAUCACAACUUUGAUGGAACUUGACUAUGAGGAUCAGGCCUCUUACACUUUGGCCAUCACAGCUCAGGAUAAUGGGAUCCCUCAGAAAUCUGACACUACCUACGUUGAGAUCCUCAUUCUGGAUGCCAAUGACAAUGCUCCCCGUUUCCUUCGUGACCGCUAUCAGGGUGCUGUCUUUGAAGAUGUGCCUCUCUCCACUAGUGUCUUGCAAGUGUCUGCUACUGAUCGUGACUCAGGGCCGAAUGGCCGCCUCCUUUAUACCUUCCAGGGUGGUGAUGAUGGUGAUGGAGACUUUUACAUUGAGGCCACAUCAGGAGUGAUACGGACGUUGCGCAAGCUGGACCGUGAGAAUGUGGCUGUCUAUACCCUGCGGGCUUUUGCUGUGGACAGGGGCAGCCCACCUCUCAAAGCCUCUGUGGAGAUCCAGGUCACUGUGUUGGAUAUCAAUGAUAACCCACCUGUGUUUGAACAAGAUGAAUUUGACAUAUUUGUGGAGGAAAACAGCCCUGUUGGUUCCAUUGUGGCCCGGAUCAGUGCUGUAGACCCAGAUGAAGGAACUAAUGCACAGAUCAUGUAUCAGAUUGUGGAAGGGAACAUCCCUGAGGUCUUCCAGCUUGACCUCCUUAAUGGCGAUCUGACAGCCCUGAUGGAUCUGGAUUACGAGAGCCAGACUGAGUAUGUAAUUGUAGUGCAAGCUACCUCAGCCCCUCUUGUGAGCCGAGCUACUGUUCACAUCCGCUUACGGGAUCAGAAUGAUAACCCUCCUGUUUUACAAGACUUCCAGAUCCUUUUCAACAAUUAUGUCACCAACAAGUCCAACAGCUUUCCUUCAGGAGUGAUUGGAAAGAUCCCUGCCCAUGAUCCUGAUAUAUCUGACCAACUUGAUUACACCUUUGUCCAAGGCAAUGAGUUAAAUCUGCUGCUUUUGGACUCUGCUACUGGAGAACUGAAGCUCAGCCGAGAUCUGGACAACAACAGGCCCCUGGAGGCCAUCAUGAAAGUAUCAGUUUCAGAUGGUAUUCAUAGUGUUACAGCACUUUGCACCUUACGGGUGACGAUUAUCACAGAUGACAUGCUUACCAACAGUAUCACAGUCCGGUUGGAAAAUAUGUCCCAAGAGAAGUUUCUCUCCCCACUGCUUGCUCUUUUUGUGGAAGGUGUGGCUACCGUGCUGUCAACAACCAAAGAAGGCAUUUUUGUCUUCAACAUCCAGAAUGACACAGAUGUCAGCUCUAAUAUUCUGAACGUCACGUUCUCUGCCUUGCUUCCUGGUGGUAUUCGAAACAAAUUCUUCCCCUCUGAGGACCUUCAAGAGCAGAUAUACCUCAACCGGACCCUCCUUACAUUGAUAUCUGCCCAGCGAGUACUGCCUUUUGAUGACAACAUUUGUCUGCGGGAGCCUUGUGAAAACUACAUGAAGUGUGUAUCUGUUCUUAAGUUUGACAGCUCUGCUCCUUUCAUCAGUUCAAAUACUGUCCUGUUCCGGCCUAUACACCCUAUCAAUGGGCUGCGGUGCCGGUGUCCCCCUGGGUUUACAGGUGACUACUGUGAGACAGAGAUUGACCUCUGCUACUCCAAUCCUUGCGGAAACAAUGGACUUUGUCGAAGCCGAGAGGGAGGCUACACUUGUGAAUGUUAUGAAGACUACACUGGAGAAUCCUGUGAAGUGAAUGCUCGCUCUGGACGCUGUGCUCCAGGGGUGUGCAAGAAUGGAGGGACAUGUGUUAAUCUUCUUAUAGGAGGGUUCAAAUGUGUGUGUCCCCCUGGUGAAUAUGAAAGACCUUAUUGUGAGAUGACCACGAGAAGCUUUCCACCAGAGUCGUUUGUCACCUUCAAGGGUUUAAGGCAACGCUUCCAUUUCACUGUCUCUCUCAUGUUUGCAACAAGAGAAAGGAAUGCUCUGCUUCUCUAUAAUGGUCGUUUUAAUGAGAAGCAUGAUUUUAUUGCGCUUGAGAUAAUAGAAGAACAGAUCCAGCUGACAUUCUCUGCAGGAGAAACCACUACAACAGUUUCACCAUUUGUUCCAGGAGGUGUUAGUGAUGGACAGUGGCAUUCGGUCCAGGUUCAAUACUACAACAAGCCCAACAUAGGAAGAUUAGGUAUUCCUCACGGACCUUCAGGGGAGAAGGUGGCUGUAGUAACUGUGGAUGACUGCGAUACUGCGGUAGCUGUGCGUUUUGGAAGCCUCAUUGGAAACUAUUCAUGUGCUGCUCAGGGAACACAAAGUGGUUCAAAAAAGUCUCUGGAUCUUACCGGCCCUUUGCUACUUGGAGGAGUUCCAAACUUGCCUGAAGAUUUUCCAGUGCACAACAGACAGUUUGUUGGCUGUAUGAGAAACCUCUCAAUUGACAACAAGCCAAUUGACAUGGCCAGUUUCAUAGCCAAUAAUGGAACUCAUGCAGGCUGCCUGGCUCAGAAGAAUUACUGCACCACCAACUGGUGUCAGAAUGGAGGCAGUUGUGUGAACAAAUGGAAUACUUAUGCCUGUGAGUGUCCCCUGCAAUAUGGUGGAAAAAACUGUGAACAAGUCAUGCCUUUCCCUCAUCGUUUUACUGGCGAGAGCAUCAUCAUCUGGAGUGAUCUUGAUAUCACUAUUUCUGUACCAUGGUACAUUGGCCUCAUGUUUAGAACCCGGAAGACCAAUGGCGUGUUAAUGCAAGCAAAUGCAGGGGUGUCAUCCAAGAUCAAUAUCCAGAUACUGAAUAAAUAUGUGGUGUUUGAAGUCUAUGAUGGACUGAACCAGGUGGCCAGUUUGACAAUGACCCAGUCCAGAAUCAGUGAUGGCGAGUGGCAUCAUUUGCUAAUAGAACUGAAGAGUGCAAAAGAUGGCAAGGACAUCAAGUACCUGGCUGUUGUGUCCCUGGACUAUGGGAUGUAUCAGAGCACUGUACAGAUUGGAAAUCAGUUACCAGGACUUAAAAUGAAAAGUAUUGUUGUGGGAGGUGUCUCUGGAGAUCAGGUCUCUGUGCAGCAGGGCUUCUAUGGCUGUCUCCAGGGAGUGAGAAUGGGAGAGACAUCUACAAACGUGGCAGCAUUGAACACGAACCAGGCAAUCAAGAUUAAUGUUAAGGAGGGCUGUGAUGUGGAGAAUCCAUGUGAUUCUAAUCCUUGUCCCCUGCACAGCUAUUGUAGUGAUGACUGGGACAGCUAUUCAUGUGUCUGUGAUCCAGGAUACUUUGGGACCGACUGUGUCGAUGUGUGCAGUCUAAACCCAUGUGAGCAUGUCUCCAAUUGUGUCCAUAAACCAAGUUCUUCUCAUGGAUACACCUGUGAAUGUGGGCAAAGCUAUUACGGACAGUACUGUGAAAGCAAGAUUGAUCUGCCCUGUCCUCGAGGCUGGUGGGGAAAUCCCAUUUGCGGGCCAUGCAACUGUGAGAUCAGUAAAGGAUUUGAUCCUGACUGCAAUAAAACUAAUGGAGAGUGUCAGUGUAAGCCAAACUAUUACAGGCCACUGGACGGUGACACCUGCUAUCCUUGUGACUGUUUCCCAUCGGGGUCCCAAGCUCGCAAGUGUGACAUGGAAACGGGGCAGUGCCCCUGCAAACCAGGCGUGAUUGGUCGCCAGUGCAAUCGUUGUGAUAAUCCCUUCGCUGAAGUUACUGUUCGUGGUUGUGAAGUUGUUUAUAAUGGAUGUCCCAAAGCAUUUGAGGCUGGAAUUUGGUGGCCGCAAACAAAAUUCGGGCAGCCUGCUGCUGUGCCCUGUCCAAAAGGAUCAGUGGGAACUGCUGUUCGGCAUUGUAACAGUGAGAAAGGCUGGCUUCCGCCUGAACUUUUUAACUGUACUACCUUCAGCUUUGUGGAUCUUAAAAUCAUGAACGAGAAGCUUCUCCGCAAUGAGACCAGCUUGGAUGGUGACAAGUCAGUGCAGAUAGCCAAAGUGCUCCAGAAUGCAACAAACCACACAAGCUCUUUCUAUGGGAACGAUCUGCGAACAGCCUACCAGAUGAUGAUCAGGGUGCUGCAGUAUGAGAGCCAGCAGCAGGGAUUUGAUUUGGCUGCAACCAGGGAUGUGGAGUUCAAUGAGAAUAUCAUAAAAGCAGGGAGUGCUCUGUUGGAGCCUAGCACCAAGGAGCAUUGGGAACACAUCCAGAGAACGGAGGGAGGGACAGCGCAUUUGCUGAAACACUACGAGGACUAUUUCAGCAAUGUGGCAAAGAAUAUGAGAAACACCUACAUGAAACCUUUCAUUAUUGUUGCCACAAACCUGAUUAUUGCUGUUGACAUAUUUGAAAAGUCUAAUUUUACGGGAGCUAAAGUACCACAAUUUGAUGUGAUUAAAGAUUAUCCCAGAGAUUUGGAAUCAUCUGUUUUGUUUCCUGAUACUUUGCUCAAAGCUUCUAGCAGAAAAGUUGUUCCUACGGUGAAGCCUCCAAACCACAGGUUGUCUCCUAAACUGGAAGAUGAGAUCUUUAAGAGCAAAAAUAUACUUGCAAAAAGGAAACGACGGCAUCCAGAGGAGUCUAACCAAUAUGCAGUUGCCAUGGUGAUUAUAUACCGAACUCUAGGGCAGUUUCUACCUGAAAGCUACGAUCCUGAUCGACGGAGCUUAAGAUUACCCAAUCGGCCCAUCAUUAACACUCCAAUAGUCAGUACAAUAGUUUAUAGAGAUGGAGAAUCUUUGCCCAAUUUUCUGGAGAGCCCCAUCACAGUUGACCAUGUCAUGCUGGAAACUGAAGAGAGAACAAAGCCAGUUUGUGUCUUCUGGAACCACUCAAUUGUAAUUGGAGAAACAGGAGGCUGGUCCACAAAGGGAUGUGAGUUGUUUUCUAGAAGCCAGAGGCAUAUUGUUUGUCAAUGCAACCACAUGACCAGUUUUGCUGUCCUAAUGGAUAUUUCAAAACGUGAAAAUGGUGAGGCACUUCCUCUGAAGAUUAUUACUUACACGACCGUCUCCAUCUCACUAGUGGCAUUGUUGCUCACCUUUAUACUUCUUGUCUUGAUCCGAACAUUGCGUUCCAACUUGCACAGCAUCCACAAAAACCUGGUGGCUGCUUUGUUCUUCUCGGAACUGGUCUUCCUGAUAGGAAUCAACCAAACAGAAAAUCUGUUUGUUUGCACCGUGAUAGCCAUUCUUUUGCAUUACUUCUACAUGAGCACAUUUGCUUGGAUGUUCGUUGAACAGCUUCAUAUCUACCGUAUGCUGACUGAAGUGAGAAACAUCAAUUUUGGACACAUGAGGUUCUACUAUGUCAUGGGCUGGGGAAUUCCUGCCAUUAUAACAGGGCUUGCGGUGGGCCUGGAUCCACAGGGGUAUGGGAAUCCUGAUUUUUGUUGGCUCUCCGUUCAUGACACUCUGAUUUGGAGCUUUGCAGGACCCAUUGUGAUUGUUGUAGUUAUCAAUAUUGUAAUCUUCAUACUAGCAGUGAAAGCAUCUUGCAGACGAAAGCAGCGUUCAGUGGAAAAAAACGGUGUCAUUUCUGUACUGCGGACUACUUUCCUCCUCCUCCUGUUGAUCAGUGCUACCUGGCUGCUGGGUCUGAUGGCAGUGAACAGUGAUGUAAUGACAUUUCACUAUCUGUUUGCAAUCUUCAGUUGUUUACAGGGCCUAUUCAUAUUCUUUUUCCACUGUAUAUUCAACAAGGAAGUGAGGAAACACUUGAAGAAUACUUUCACUGGGAAGAAGCCGCUUCCAGAUGACUCUACAACUACAAGAGCUACACUGUUAACUCGGUCCCUGAACUGUAACAACACAUAUAUAGAGGAGCCAAAUAUGUAUCGCACAACAAUUGGGGAAUCCACAGUCUCCUUAGAAAGCACCGUCAGGUCAGCCAAGAGUCAGAAUAGCUACCUUGCUCAUAUUCUCAGAGAUGAAGCUGCCCAGAAGCUCAGUGUGUCUUCAAGCCAAGCAAGAGCAGGUCAUACGGAAGGCGAUUCCUCCAUUUUUCACAGAAAGCCAUCAAAAUCCAAUGAGCGUGACUCUGAUUCUGACAGCGAAUUGUCCCUUGAUGAGCACAGCAGUUCUUAUGCCUCCUCUCACUCUUCGGACAGUGAGGAAGAUGCCUUAGGCACAGAAAAGAAAUGGAACACAGCUGCUUCGAAAAGCCGUGACCGGGGUCCACUCCACAGCACUCCCAAAGUUGAUUCAGUUCCCAAUCAUGUGAAAUCCUACUGGCCCUCUGAGGGCAUAACAGCAAGUGAUGGGGAGGAACCGAAUGCAAAACAAAAGCUGAAAGUAGAAACGAAGGUUAAUGUGGAACUUCAUCAGGAAAAUCAAGCCAACCACAGCAGUGAAAUACCUCAGAACAAAGAGAAUGAAGGGCACCAGAAAGAGAACAAACCGCUAGCCCAGCAAAACCACCAGCAGCCAGAACAGAGGAAAGGAAUUCUGAAAAAUAAAGUCACCUACCCUCCUCCACUGGUGGACAAGAAUGUGAAGAACCGGCUACGGGAGAAACUAACAGAUUAUAAUCAGUCCACAAUCUCAUCUAGAACAAUGUCCCUUGGGACAAACAAUGGAGUUCGUGUUAAUUCAGACUCUGGAGUAACAAUAAAGAACCCAAGGAGAGAUCAACCUCCAGAGCAAAUAAAUGGUUUGGCCAUGAAUGUUCAUGUAGGAGCAUUAACUGCAGAGACAUCAGACUCUGAAGGCAGUAAUGAAACUUCAAUUUGAAUCAUCAGGAAAUUGUGACAGCUGUUGCAACUUGGACAACAAGUGAUGAUGUCACUUCUUGGGGGCCUCGUGAUUCCACACACGCUUGCUGCACCUGGAGGAUGCCAAGGGUGUCACAUCUGGGGAAUGUUUCACAGUACAAAGCACUUGUGACUCCAGUUCAUCAGUUUUCCUUUGAGUUGCUCCUUAGGGUACAUUCAGAGCCUGCCUAACUGCAUAUGUUGUGCCAAAACAUGUGAAGACCAAUCCAUGGAACUCAUGGCAGGGAAAAAAUGCCUUUCAGAGAAGUGGAUGGAGCCAUGGCCAUACGGAAAGUGCUGUCGGGCAAGUGCUGCAGUCCAGCUUAACAAAUGACUUAACGUCCAGGAGGAAAUUAUCAAUAAUCUAGUACACCUACCAUCAAUUGAGCCCCAUCCAGUGUUUAAACAUGUUGGGGUUUUGUUCUGUUCGAAUAGGAUCUCUGAACUCAGGAGGAAAAUUUAUCACAAGUGCCCUUUAAUUUCUUCACCAGUUUCUACACCAGCUUUUGGUGGACACUUUGUCUUAAACACCAUCAUUUUGAUAUAAAUAUACAUACAUAUACAUAUAUAUAUAUAUAUACAGUUGUAGAUAAUUUUAUAUAUUUUGUAUGGUGAUUCUUUGUACAUUUCACAUAUAUACUGAUCCUCUUAAAUUUGAUAGUAGGAAAUUGUGAAAGAGCUUUGAUAUUUUUUUAUAUUAAAAAUGAAAUGCACAAGUGUACUUGAAUUUGGCAUUUGAGAGGAGGGAGAAAGCAUAACUAGUGUCUGUACUAAGCCCAACCUCAUUGUGAUGCAGUCUUUUUUUAAAAAAGACAGCAAUGUGUUUUUGGACAUCUACAGUCAGAAAAAGAUACACAUCCUGCCAUGGAUGUUCUAUUUAACAUUCUCUUCCGCAACUCACCCUUCUUCGUUUGAUAACCAAGGUGAAAAUGUCUAAGGAGUCAUAAUAUUCUUUCAGCAAUUUGGCAAUUUCACGUUUGUUUUUUAAAGGUAUCAUCUUUCUGCGUAGGGAGAACAAAAAGGUGUUGACAACAACAACAAAAAAGACAGGACCAUUAGCCUUCUAUUUGUGUCGUGUUUUAAAAGGAGGCUUCAAAUCUGUAAAUACGUUUUGUGAAUAUUUCUGCGUUGAGAUGUAUUUUACCUUGAUUAUGGCUUGAAAUCAGUCGUGUCACCUUCUAAACACAAUGCACUGGGAAUUUCGCUUAUGCUAGUUCCUCUGGUAUUAACUAAAGCAUGCUGAGAGCCUCCGGGUAGCGUGAAAUAUAAGCUAGAAAGUAUUUUAUCCAAAUCAUGCAUUGGCUGUGAGUUUAUUAAAAGAGGGGUAAUGUAUGUGUUGGCCUCUGGAUGCUGGUAAACUACAACUCCCUUUAGCCCAACCCAGCCCGGUGAAGACUGAUGGGGAUUUCAACCCAGCAAUAUCUGGGAGAACCACACAUCCUCCAAAUUAAGGGUCUUAAGCAAAGAUAUUUUUUAGCCAUGCUCUCCCAGUCCUAACACCCCUCUUCCUUCGAUUUCAUACUUUCCAAUCCCAAUCUAAAUAAGUAUAAGGGAAACAAUUUGGCAUUGAUAACAUUUAGAGAAGUAUGAUUUGAUGUGCCAACUAUAGAUUGUGACAUAGAGCUGUUGGAUGAUCUGAUGUACUCCCAAUUCAUUUUAGCCAAUAACCAGCAAAGGGAGCUACUGAUUCUUCUUUAUUUUCUGUCUCUAAGGCCUUAUUACAACCUCAAACGUCUUGCCAUUUUAGUGUACUAAGAAAGCACAUCAGGCCAGUAUGAAAAGGGCUUGCACAGAGCCUGGCAAACAAAGCGCAAAUAAUUGUCAAGAGUUAUCUGUAAGGAUCACUCCCUUAAGCCAUGGGAAUGGCACCAGUCAGAAAGCUGUCCUGUGUGUCUAUUCUGGAGAGUGAGUAUUUACACAUGCAAAUUUAAAUAAAGUUGGAACGCACUACCAACAGGCAGUAGCCCAUUAAUUUCUUUCUCCUGUGGUAGGACAAUGUGCAGGAGAAAUACCCACUGGAUUGUUUUGUGCUUUUGAAAGCACUACAGUACAUUUGAUGUCAACCACUUCUAGUACCUGUUAAAUAGUAUAAGCUUUGUAUAUAAUAUUGUUCCUGCUAGCUGCGGGAACACACACUCUUUAUGCAGGGUAUGUUUACCAGAGUGAUUCAGUCCAGGUAUGAUUCAGGAAUUCUGUAAGUAAUAUCUGCAAAUGAAACAAUAUACAAUAAUUUUGUCCUCGUUUUAAAAUAUUUUCAAACAAGAUAAACAGAUCCAAACACCAUGAUUUAAAAUCAUGAUUUAAUUUAUAGGAAAAAAAAUCUCAGCUUUGAAACAAGGUUUGAACUUUUUAAUUCAUAUAUUUACUGCAUAUCAGAGCACAAUCAGUUGGGUUCUGCAAGCACUGAAAUGUGUUUGCUUACAGAUAAACACACUCUUUAUAUUACCCAAUGUCAUAACUCAAAACCGCUGGUCCUGCAGCCUAAAAGCCUUUUGCACUACAAAAUUUUCUAUUUGCUCAGUGGAGAAGUUGUGACAUUUAACUAGAUUUGUUUUAUUCGAUCACUCCUUCUCUCAUUUGUAUAAGCAUGUGCGUACCUGCACAUUUCCCCCCCAGAGCUUCUCAUCCAGAUCACUGACUUGAAGAUGUAAAUGCCCAGAAGUGCCUUUCUAGAAGCAAAGGCUAGUAGAUACUGGGCAGAAGACUGCUUGGACGGAUCAAGUAAUAUUUCCAUUGAUGGAGAAUAAAUAUGCUUAAUUUGUAACAUAGAAAAUUGUUUAUUGUUUUUAUAUUUGUUUGCAGGAUUCAUGCUGUUACCACUGGCUUGUUAUUUUACAUAGGAAAUCAAACGAACUUGAUUUCAGACAUCACCUGUUGAUUUCAGUAGACAUUAAAUAUGUGCUUAAAUCUACCCUACCCUUGAAAUUUGUGGGGUUUUAAAGUGUUUACAUUUGGUCUGUGAUUCACUUCUAAGAGAUUACAAGUGUGUAUUUUAAGUAAUUUUUUAAAAAAAAUUUGAGAUACGUACAACCCAUUUUGUUUAAUGGAUAUUUUUUAGAAAAUUCCCCAGUCAAAUCUUUUAGUCAUUUUCCACCACCGCUUUUCUCAUGUGGCCUUUUCAGGUGAGGGGAAGAGUCUGGCUCUUUUUAAAAAUAUUGUUUUCAUCCUGUGAAACUUUGAGGUAUAACAGUUUUGAGUGUGUUGGUAUCUUAUACUUGGGUAUGUGCUAAAUGAUGUUACAGCUUUUUCACUGCGAUGUGUAUAUUUUGUCCUACUAAGAUGUAGUUAUUUUUGAACAGAAUUGUUGCAGUGAAGACUUCAAAUGUCCUAACCACAACAAGAGAGAGAACCCUUAAAAAAAAAAGGCAGAUUAGACACUGGAGUUUUUUUUAUAAAAAAACAAAACGAAACAAAUGUAUAUUUAUUAAUGUGCAGAACACUGGAAUUCAAGCACAGAUAUGAGGAAAAAUUAAUAAAUUAAGUUUCUGAAUUUG